CAUGCCACGGUCUAUCUUGGUUCUUCACGGAUACGCCCAAAAUGCAACUAUCUUCAGCAAACGCCUCGGAUCUCUUCGAAAAGAAUGCGGAAAGGAUAUCGAAUUAGUUUUCGUCGACGCUCCCCAUAUCAUCCAACCGGCCGAUCUACGUGCUAAUGCGUCACAAACUGAGCUGGGGGCUUUUGAUCCCGCUGAUGGCCAGCCUAGAAGGUGGUAUGAUGUUUAUCGUGACCUCACUAGAGCUAUCGGACUGGAAGAAUCUCUCAUGAUGCUCAGAGAUAUUCUCAAGCAGAGGACAUUUGAUGGUGUAUUUGGGUUCAGCCAAGGUGCGGCGAUGGCAGCCUUGCUUUCGGCAUUGCUCGAAAAACCUCAAUCGUAUCCUCCGUUUCUCACCGAUGCCAAGCCGCCUCAUCCCCCGUUUCAAUUUUGCGUCUGUAUCGCUGGGUACAAGAUUACAGAUCCGCUGGCUGAUCUUGUGUUUAACCCCACGUAUGCAACACCGACACUUCAUGUCAUCGGUAAAAAUGACAUAGUGGUGCUCGAAGAAUAGACGACAAUUCUUUCAGGGAUAUCAGAAAGCAAACGCGUCGAGGAACAUGAUGGAGGCCACUUUGUUCCGUCAAAGAUAUCAUGGAGGAAAUUCUUCUUAGCAUAUCUCUUAGAUCCUCUGGGUGACAUGCCAUCACCUGGAAGGGGAUGGAAGGCAUGUGCCUGAGAUCUUCUUUCUAUGCCAAAGCAUUUCACAAGUGCAGAGGGAGCUUGUGAAAUGUGAAUGCUUUGGCAUAGAAGAUGUUAGACACACAUCUAGAUUAAAAUCAAGUGUACAUAUAUCUUUAGAAUGUAGGGC